AUGUCUAAAUCUUCUGAUAAUAGAAAAUAUCUUAAUUGUUCUCCUCCUCCGAAUAACGACGACGAUACAACAAUAGUUAUCAAACAUUCAGCAUCGAAGCCACGUGUUAAAUUCGAGCCUAUGACUGAAUCAGAUUACGAAGAUAAUGCACCUCAUCAAACUUCUUCACAAUUAUCUAUAAAAACAACAAUUAAUAUAGACGAUUCUCCUGCGGGACAAUACAAUACAGACGAAAGUGAUAAUGAACAACACGUAUACUAUCCCAGAGCACAUCGUCCUAAGAAAAAACAAUAUAUUCCCGAACCAGAACCUGAAAAACCCGAUUUUAUACGGUAUAAAAUAGAAUUAACAGAUUCUGAUGAUGACAACGACGAUUUUGAUUAUUCUGAAGCUUUUCAAAGAAUUUUCGACGAAACAUCAGAAGGGAAUAGUAAUUCUGGAUACAGAGAUCAAAGAUAUAACGUUAGACAUCGAGUUGCUCUCGGAAGAGAUGAAAGAAACACUAAGUCUAAUCCUUCCAGACAUCCGACGAAGAAAUCUUCUGAUCUUAACGUAAAAAUAUAUGACGUCCGCGAUAAAAAUCGUUAGUUUGUAUAGGGAUUAGAAAAUUACCAUUCGUUUCGCUUAAAAUUAUAAGUAUAUAAAUUUACUAUUUCGAAAUAGAAUUUUUGUUUUGUUUUAAAUU